AUGGCAUCCUGCGGUCUGAUUUCCGCGUCCCUUCGCGUCGCCCCGUCCCUUGCUCCCGCGACUGGUCUCCCCUCGGCUUCACGACCCUCCGUGAACAGCCAAUCAGCAUGCGCGAGGACGUCCGUGAUCCGCGUUCGCAGUAGCAUGAAGACGGAAUCUUCCGACUUUUCAAGGGGUCCCUCAUCUGUCAUUGCCAAGAUGGCAGUCCCCGCCGUGCUUGCCGCUCUCCUCGCCAUGCCGCUCUCCCCCGCAGCCGCGUCGGCAGCAGGAAUUAACGCCGUCGCCGUACUGACGGGGAGCUCCGGGGUUUCCGGGACCGUCACAUUCUCGCAGGAGGGAUCAGGCCCCACGGAAGUGAGUGCGACAGUGGCAGGGCUGACUCCAGGCCUGCACGGCUUCCACGUGCACAAGCUGGGAGACCUCUCCAACGGCUGCAUGUCCACUGGCCCGCACUUCAAUCCGGCGGGCAAGACCCAUGGAGCACCAGGGGAUAGUGAGAGGCACGCAGGAGACCUUGGAAACCUGGUGGCGAAUGAGUCUGGUGUGGCAACUGUGUCUCUGACUGACCUCCAGAUUCCUCUCUCGGGUCCCAACUCUGUUCUUGGCCGUGCUGUUGUCGUGCAUGCUGAUGCGGAUGACUUGGGCAAGGGUGGUGUUGAGCUGAGCAAGGCCACGGGCAAUGCUGGUGGCAGGGUGGCAUGUGGUGUGAUUGGAUUGUCGGCAAACUAG